CCUCUUCAAUCUCUCUCUCUCUCUCUCUCAUCGCUCUUCAAACUUGCACUCGACUCCCUGCAAAUUUUCCCAAGAAAAUCAUCGCCAGCUGAGGAAAAAAUGAUCAAGACGCUGAGCCCUUACGCGACCGCACCGGCCUCCACGGCGAAGACCGCCGAGAUCAUGUCCCGGUACCGCCCCAUUGCCCCGAAGCCCGAGAUGGCCCCCUCGGCGAGCUCGGCCGCCGCCGAGAGCCCGACGUCCAUGUCCUCGAAGAUCCGUCAAUCUCCGUACCUCCGGAACCUCUGGCCCCAGCUCCAGGCCAGGCCGACCCGGACCCGGAAGCGCGGGAGGACCGCCAUCUCGCCGCCCGCCAUCAAGAGGCCGAAGACCGCGGCGGCGGUGGCGGCGCUCUGCGGCAUUCCCUCCCCCUGCGCCCUGCCGCCGACGGAGAGCCUGUCUCUGCAGGUUUUCGCUCGUUGCCUCCCCCACAUUCCCCCCGCCGGCCUGAUGGAGAGCCCCCCGGUGGCCCUGGCGGCCUCGACCGCUGCAGCAGCAGCGAAAAGCCCGAGGAGCCUCGUCACGCUCCCGCUCCUGCCGUGCUCGCCGGAGCUCAGCUGCAUGAACACGGCGCGGGCCGAGGCGGCCGCCACCGACGUGGACUUGAACGUCAACUCGGCCGCGGAAAUGAUCCCGGAGGAGAAGGACCUGAUCCGGCAGCUCCAGGGGCCCGCGUCCAGCGGCGGCGGCGGCAACGUGAUAUCUCCGCGGCCGGUGCGGCCAGUCGGGUCGAGGAUAAGCGUCGGGUGCAUAAGGGAAGACCGGAGGCCAGACUCGCCGGCGCCGCGGGUGAGGCAGAAGCCGGAGGAAGUGGAGGAGGAGGUGGAGUCGGAGGCGCUUCCGGCGGUGAUAUCGGACUCGAACAACCGGGUGAGGGUGGUGAACUCGGCGUACAUGGAGAUGGUGGGGCAGCCGGAGUGCCCGUGGCUCGAGGCCAUGGAGAGCCCGGGCGCGGCGGCGGGGCGUCGGCGGAGGAUCGGAGGGGAGGUGGCGAUCCGGAUGUGCGACGAGGAGGCGAAGGUGCCGGUGUGGGCGGACGGGUUCUCCUGCUGGGCGAGGAUCGAGUGGGUGGGGAGCGGGGGCAAGAAGAGCUCGGUCAAGGCGUUCUGCGACGCCAUCCGGCUGCGCUGCAUGGCCAAGGACUAUCUCUUCACCUGGAGGUUCCACACCAACGCCGCCGCUAGGCCGUCGUCAGAGUCCAGCUCCAGUGCCGUCUGAACCAAUCUUUGUCAACCCUCUUCCCUUUCCUUCUUCUCUUUUAACUGGUUAGAAAGCGCUAAUCUGUAUCCGUGCAUAUAGAGACUCUUUUAAGUCCUUCAAGUACUAAAGAUUAUUGUAGGUUUCAUGUGCUUCUUCUUUCUCCUAUGUAAAUAUAAAGCGUGUCAGAAGUCUUAUGAGUUAUUAUUUCUUGUUGUCA